AUGUCUUUACAGCUUUUUCAUACUGAUCAACCACCAACUGAAGCACCACCACCACCAGCAGCAGCAGCGCAAGAACCAACAACAGAAGCAGCGGUGGCCGCCGCAGUCCCAACCCAAAACAACAAAAACCGAAUACCAGAUCGCCACCCAACACGACGGGCUGCAGCCAACCACAAAGUCUGUCCAACAACCCCAGCACCACCGUCCCCAUCCACAGCAGCCACGGAGCAGUUGACGGGACCUGACUAUGAUUGGACAAAGCACCUACCAAGCAACCAAUCUGACGACUCUUCGUCGAGUGUAGGAGGGUUUCCUAUUCGCAGUGACAGUGACAACGAUUCGACGAAUUCAGAGGGAAACAACUCAAGUGAAUCGACCCCCCCCCAGCAGCUGUUGCAACAGCCAGCGAGCCAGCACUCGAAGCAGAGAAACAGGUCGAAGAAGAUUUGA